AUGGCAUCAAUCGAGAGCAUCCCUGAGGAUCUUGUCGAACUAUCACCACCAGAAGUUGCUUAUCAACAAUGGUGCCCAUUCCCAAGGCUAGGCUGGGAUGCUCCAACUUUGAAGACAGUGAUGAAGAGGAAAAUUAUUAAUGACGCUCCUGAUGAUCAGCCAAUCUCUUCUUUUAUUUAUAAAGGAACUGGCCUUUCCAAAGGACUGGCUAAAAAGAUCAAGAUCAGCCAAACAAAACCUCAAGAGGUUACCACAAGAAAUUCUGACCUUGAAGAAGAACAAUCUCAACCUGACUCACUGAAUAUCCCAUCUUCUUCCAGUGAAAGAGAUGUGAAUGACAACCCCAGUGAAUCUCCAGAACAUAUCUCAAAAACUCAAUCUUUGGCAAGCUCAUCGGCUGUUCCUGAUCAAAAUGUACUUCAAGAUGAACAGGAGCAAAGCUCUUCUCCUUAUAUCCCAUUUGCACUAGAAGAUUAUACAGAAGAAGAGGUUGUUUCUGUUUCCAAGAAUACUGCUAUACCUCCUCUGUCUGAAAAUGUCAAGGGCCAACUUCAACUGUUGAUACCCCAUCUAGAAACAGACACAGCAGUCUUGGUGCAAGACGCAGAAGCUAUCAGGAAUAUUUUCAACUCAAUCAAGAAUGAGCUCCCUCCUCAAUUGACAGAAAUCCUCAAACCAGUUGCCUUUAUCGAGUUCCAUGAACCAAGAUUUUCUGGAGCUCAAUUAAGGCUUGCAGCACGUGAAGCUCAGAAGACUUUGCCAGUUCAAGAACAGCAAUGUGUUAAAAAUAUGAUAUCAGUCAAAAAGAUAAUUGAUCAGUUGAAAGAUUCUCCUAUCAAGAUCAUCCAAAAACUGACAGCCCUUAAUGAAAAAAAAGAACAACUGCUGUCUAGACUGAGGACUGUUGAAGCUUCUAUCAAACAUGAGGAAGAAAAUCUAGCAAGAAUUCCAACAUCAUUGAUUGAGCAAAAGAAACUGAUGUCAAACCUUAAUUCCGAGCUUCAAAGCAUCAAGAUCAAGAAGAAAACCCAAGUGCCAGGGACAGCUGAAGAAGACAAACAGCAAAUUGCUGAUGUAGAUAAUGUAUGCCUUAGAGCCCUUGAUCUAAUUAAGUCUAUGCUGGACAUGUAA